UGUGGAGAGAGGCGCUUCCGGUUGGGGCGGAGCUGUGGCGGCCCAGUCGCUGUGUGAGGGUUGGCGAGGAGCUUCGCGUCCUGUUUAGCGUUAUGUCGGCUCUGGAGAAGCAGCUACACUUGGGUCGCCUCCCAACGAGGCCUCCUUUACCUGGGGGUGGCGGUCAGUCCGGCUCCAAGAUGCGUAUGGGCCCUGGAAGAAAGCGUGACUUCACCCCAGUGCUUUGGAGCCAGUACUUUGAAUCUAUGGAAGACGUGGUGGUGGAAAAUGAAACUGGCAAGGAUACUUUUCGAAUUUACAAAAGCGGAUUGGAGGGACCUGUCCUACUGCUGUUACAUGGUGGAGGCCAUUCUGCUCUUUCCUGGGCUGUAUUUACUUCUGCCAUCAUCAGCAGGAUUCAGUGCAGGAUUGUGGCUUUAGAUCUCCGAGGCCAUGGAGAAACUAAAGUUAGGAAUCCUGAAGAUUUGUCUGCGGAGACGAUGUCAAAAGACGUUGGGAACGUGGUUGAAGCUCUGUAUGGAGACCUUCCUCCCCCUAUCAUGCUGAUUGGGCACAGCAUGGGUGGUGCCAUUGCAGUGCACACAGCAGUCGCAAACCUGGUGCCAAGUUUACUGGGCCUGUGCAUGAUAGAUGUUGUGGAAGGUACGGCCAUGGAUGCACUGAACAGCAUGCAGAACUUCUUAAGGAGUCGUCCCAAAACAUUCAAGUCACUUGAGAAUGCAAUCGAAUGGAGUGUAAAAAGUGGACAAAUAAGAAACCUGGAAUCUGCCAGAGUUUCUAUGGUCGGUCAAGUCAAACAGUGUGAAGAAGCUGCCAGUCCUGAAGGUCCUAAAGCCAUCGUGGAGGGCAUUAUUGAGGAAGAGGAGGAGGAGGAAGAGGAUGAUGAAGGUGGAGUCUCUGUCAAUAAAAGGAAGAAGGAAGAUGACACUGAGACAAAGAAGGAGCACUUAUACACGUGGCGAAUUGAGCUGGCGAAAACAGAGAAGUACUGGGACGGAUGGUUCAGGGGCUUAUCUAACCUCUUCCUAAGCUGUCCAACUCCAAAGCUUUUGCUUUUAGCUGGUGUUGACAGGCUGGAUAAAGAUCUAACAAUUGGACAGAUGCAAGGGAAGUUUCAGAUGCAAGUCCUUCCACAGUGCGGCCAUGCAGUCCAUGAAGAUGCUCCAGACAAGGUUGCUGAAGCUGUCGCGACGUUCCUGAUCCGUCACAGGUUUACAGAACCCAUCGGUGGAUUCCAGUGCGUGUUUCCUGCUUGUUAAUACCCUGCUAUCUCCAGCACUGAGUCAUAUUGUAAAUAAACUGCACCAGAGGCCACUGUGAUGUAUCCCAUAUCUGUUCAUCUCUCCGGUUCAGCAGCAGUGAGAAGUUGGUGUGAGGUUCAUCAUCCCUUAGAACAGUUCUCCACGACGUGUCCGUGCUUAGGGACUUCCUUGCUGGGAAGCAGCUUGUAUUGAAGACCAUGAAAAGCUCUUCAGGCCCUCAGAAGCGGGCUCUUCUCUGCUGCCGUAAGCAAAGACCUCCUGAAACCCCAAGCACAGUCAUAUCGACCUCCAUUGGUUCUCAGGCUUUCUUGGACCCAAGCACAGAAGGGUUGUUGACAAUCCAGAGCCAGCAAAGUCACUGCAGCAUUUCCAAAGGCUUCAGGAUUUCUCCGUGGAUUCAUCUGAUGGUCUUUUAAAGUGCCCCUUCGCUUUGGCUUUUGUUUUGUUUCUCUUAUGUGUUUGCUUCCUUCCCCUAAAGCACUGGGGGAAUCAGCUUCGUUGGAAGCUCAAGUUCUGCCUCACCAGCGUCAGCCUUAUGGAUUAAGCUGUGCAAGGAAACUAACGCUGCUUUCUUGUGCAAAUCUGGACCAGAGGGUAAAACCAAAAGGCAGCGGUGGGAACCCUGAGCUCCAUUUCAGAAUCUCACAGUCUUCUUAACGUUCGUUUCAAGCUUUCACUGAGGAAAAAUAGCCUGAAUAACAGGCAGUUUGCCUAUUUGGCCCUUUUCUGCCUCUGGAAUGUGUUUAUGCUUCCCUCUGUGUAGCUGCCACACAUGACUGAGCAGAGAUCGGCAUCGUUGGGGUGAAAAAGAUGCAAGAAGUGCAGCAGAUAAAUUCCUGGAAGAGCUUGGAGUCAGUCCUCAUGUGGAUGCAGAGGUGCAGGCAGCUGAUUCCCCAGUAGCGGAGGAUACACCUUGUUUUCAAUGUCACUUCCUACAUCAUCUCACUGCUUUCCACGGUGCCACCUAAAUCUGCACUUACAUGGGAGAAUGCUUCUUCAGGGUUAAGUUACCUGCAGGCAGUUGGUCGGAUUGCUUUCCCCUCUCCUAAGAAUCACUUUGGAGCAUAAAGAGCUGGCACCUAUUGGAGCAGUUUCUCUCGAUGUGUUGCUGGUGGUUGUCUGAAAUCUUAUUCCAUUUCACCCUGUGUCCAGAACCCCUUUGUGCUCUAUGGUGGAGGCAGUAUUUAAUGCUGUUUGGUUGAGGCGUAGUUCUGUUCCUGGCUUAAAGCUGUAAUGGGCAGCAGUUCUCCAAAGCCAUCCUGAGCUUCUGGUGUGUUGGAGGUGCAGGUGGACCGAAGGGAAGCGAUGUGAAGAGCUGGUAAAGGUGGAGAAUUCCCUGUGAUGGAGAGCUGCUCCUCGUCUCAUUCCUUCACAUGUGAGUUGUGGCCUUGUGCUGUGCCCAUUGCCCAACACAUCGGGGUGGGAAAUGCAGGAAUUAGAGGCAGGAAAGCCAAAUUGCGGAGCACUCUGCUCAUUGCCAGAGCAUUGGCACUCAGUGUUAAUAGGGAAUCGCUGGCUCCUGACAUUCCUCUCUCUGCUCACUGUUGCGUUGUGUUUGUGGUGUAACAUCCAACCCAGCUGUGGUUCCUGUUGGAUUAAAUGGACCUUCAGUAACCGAGAUGCUCCAUCUCCCUUUCUCCUGAUGCAUCCUGAAGGUUGGCAGCAUCCUCAAUCCUCAGCAGGGUAUUGAACGUGGCAUUGCUCCACGCCAGGCUCUGGGUCCUGGCUGUCUCAGAGCUAGAUUUGGGAUGAGAGCAAUAGCAAAUGGAGUGGGAAUCCCUUCCUGCUGUGCUGAAUUGCAAACAUUUUUUGUGAGUCUGCUUUUGUUUGAAGGAUUUCUUACCUGUCUGCAAUUGCUUUUCCUGGGAGGAGAGAGCAGCAGGCAGAGAGAAAUGGUAUUUGGGUGAAGGUUAACACAGGGAAUGAGCUGCAGGGGAGUGUUCUCUUCUCCCCCCCUACCCCCACCCCCAUUGCUGUCUGAUCAGUGCAUUCUUUCACAGCCUUCAGCUUAUUUGCCUGUGUAAAAGCAGACAGACAGGAGCAGGCUGAGCUGUAAGGGUGCAGAUUUCAAGCGGGAGCAGUUGGAUGAUUUAGGAAUCUCUCUUGCCUUUGUUCCAGUCUGUUGGAUUGUGGAAGCUUUCACAAUGGAAAACCCCAAGGCUUGGCAGGAGCAGACGUGGUCUGGGAGAUGGGUUUGUGUAAGGGCUGACCUCAGCUUGGAGCCUGCAUAGGUUCUGCCAGCUCUGGGGCUGCUUGCAUCAGGCAGAGCCCUCAGCCAUUUGUAGCUUACAGGAGCUCUGCAACUGCUGGAAAGAAAUAUUUCCUGUAUGGCCUGAGCGUGCAGUUCUUCUCCAAGUCUGAAUGGCUGCUCCUUUGUGCUGGCAUCUUGAAAACAGGGUUAAUCCAGAGCUGAGACAUCAGGCUGUGUUGUAAUGGUUGCUGUAUCACUUUGCAUGACCUGAGUUCCAGCCUUGCUUCCCACCUUUCAGAGUGAACCUUCUGGCUUUUCCAGUCUCUGCAGGGCAGGACCGAGCAAUGGCAGCAGGGUGCAGCCCCCCUGCAACCACUGUGCAGAUACAGGAGCAGGAGAACCCGCAUUAUCUUGAUCUGCACAUUUCCCUAUUGCCUUUUGUCUUGGGUGUGAAUGGGAGACGUAGCAGGUCAGCUGGGCUUAACGGGUGCUUCAAGCUCCUGAAAAUCUACACCUGGAUCUUUUAGGUAAAGUCAAAAACCAGUUUGCCAGCCAAGCCCCAGCUUGCAUUGCCAUUUCCACGUCCAUUUCCAUUUGGCACCACUGUCUGCAAAUGCAGCUGAAAGCUGUGGGACCACAGCUUGGGCUUUUGCUGCAGGCUUUGCUGUUGGAUGCUGGGCCGGUUGGGUUUCCAGCCUGGCAGGUUGUAGCUCCCAGGUGACCUCGUAUCGUUUUGCUGUUGUUUCCAAAAGGAAAAGGUGUUCCGUGUCUGUCAGCCCUCUGCAGGCUGCUGUGUCCUGUGUCAGCCUCGUCCCGCUGCUGCCCUGCUCGGUGUCCGUCGCUCUUGCCUCCAAAUCAUUUGUGCAAAGCCUGGGUUAGGAACUCCCCUGUCUGCCCAUAGCAGCCUGUGGGAAGGGGUAGAUGUGGCUGUUGUUGGGCUGUCGCAGUGGUGAGCUCUGCGUUGGGUUUGUUCUGGUGACUCAUUGAAGUGUCUCAUGUCCCCACAUCCCUUCUCUGUGCUCCAAUGUGGGGAGGAGGAGGAGGGGAUGCUGGAGCCACAGCCUUGUGUUCUUUCUCCUCCCCUUCACCACUGAUUGCUCCCACAUGUACAGAAACAUCUGAAAGUAAUAAAACGUGGUGCUUUGGCUGUUCAGUAA